AUGGCCUCAGCUAGCGGCCCGAUAGCACCAUUCAGCCCCCAGAAAAAUAUAAAGGAUGUGGAAUGUGAGAUUGAGCUUAUCAUUGGGAAUCUGAACCAUGAAUGGGAACUUAAUAUACCGAUGCCAAAGGAAGUGAAAUCCCCGGAGAAAAGAGGCGAGAGCAGAGAGCAGAAAUGUUUUAACAUGAUUUUUUUCCUGGCCUUCAAAAACCAAGUCAUACCUCCUAUCAGAGCAUUUAUUCUUGAUGCAGACAAGCUUUAUAGUAGAUGGGUUAUUAAGCCUAAAGCUGAGCGUGGAGUUGUCCCAGAAGUGACUCGGCACAGACCAAAGCCGAUCACACCGACGGAACGCUCCAAACUACUAGAGAUGCUUUCUACUCUCUUAUUUGAGAAGUCCGAAGAAAUCAAGUCCCAGUAUGCCGCAUCCCCGCUGCGAUGGAGGAAGUCUACUCAAGAUGAAAAUGCCGAACAACCGAAAUUGGACGAUAGCCCAGUGCCGUUUCCAGGACUGAGACAGGAACCACCUAAUAAGCGUGUGAGGGAGGGGCCAAUUGAGACUGGCCCUUCGAAGAAGGUUAAGACCCCGGAAAAGACUGAAGUCCUCGCAGCCAAAACUACAAACACAAUGCUUCCUCCACCGCGAGGAAGGUCUGUAGCACCGGAAUCUAAAAGCUGGAGAAGCGCUGAUACUUCAUUUGAGUCGAAUGCGGUUUCAAGUGUAUUCUCAGAGUCCAUGCGGUCUGUCCAGCCGAAUACUCAGGAGACAGUGCCAGACCUUGAGGAGACCUUUUAUCAGACACAAGAGGCCGACCGAGAGGAACCGGGAAGUGCCACCACACGCGAAGGAACUACACACGAAGGAAAUCACACGAGCUCCGAAUUUGGUGUUUGCAGUAGCUUUGAGGCUGCUCUCGCUCAGACCUCGGAUCCUAAUGGCUUCUUCCAAGGCAGUGAAUUUACGGAGGCAGACGUGGAAGAUGAGCUCUCUCAGGAUGUGAUGGACAUUGCAAUCGAUCCUAUUCAUGAGCCAAGGGGAACGAUCUCAAAUGAGGACAUCCUAAAAGAGCGUCUCGAAGAUGUUUUUCCACCCCUACCGCCUGUCUUGAAUUACGUUUCCUUUGCAAAACUUUACGAGAUCACGCGAGUGUUCCUAUAUGCCGGGGUCUCCUUGAUAGAUGCCGAGCUUCAAAGUCUCUCCUUGAACGAUGACAAUCACGACUAUGAGCUUCUUUGGAAGGCCCUCAGAGGUCUACCGGUCUUGCAAGGCAAAGAAUUCCCGGAAAAGAGUGAGCAGGUGGCUUGGAAUGCAGCUCAAGGUAAGGAAGAGUUUCAGAAAGGACCGCGCGGCCUCGUCUUCUCAGGAUCUCUUCGAUUCAAUGAAUCAAGCCCUACUGGUCCUUUCUUCCGGUUACAAUUAAAACCAAUGAAACUUGAUCUGAGUCAUCGUUUAGGCAGACGCCUAGGACCUGACCGAUUUCUGGACCUAGAUAUGCCCCAUCUUUCGGGACGCGGUGUACCUAAGAUUCUCCAAGAUCUUGGCGAGCAAGGUCGAGAGCUAGUUAUUAAUCAUUUAGUAGAUGGCACUCAUCGCCUCUUUGGACGUACCUGGAAACCAUUUCAUUGCAAGCCUAAAGACACCAAGGAACUUAAACGCGAUAUCCUAAAAGACUUCAAUGAAGAGGCUUCUUCUGCGACAGCCCAUCGCGUCUUCUUCUUUGCUGUCGAUGGAGAAGGCUUUCGAAUUGUCAAGCACCCACUUCGCGAUCCUUCAUAUCCCGACUGUCAUGCCAGGAUAGAUAUUCCAGCUUUGUUGAACAUGGUGCGACCAACAAGAAAAAAUACCCAUCAGAGCUAUUUGAAGCUGUUUUCUCGUACUUCAUUAGCGCUUUCAAGGAAUACUGCCACGGUGGUUCUUCAGAGGUCUCAGGUCUUUGACGAACCAGAUAUAGUCGGCCCUAAUAAUGAAGAUAUGACAGAUGGUGCUGGCCUCAUGUCGUAUACCCUUGCGCAGAGUGUUGCGAGAAAGCUCGGCCUUUCAUAUCUUCCUUGUGGUUUCCAAGGCAGACUGGGGGAGGGUAAAGGUUUUUGGACGGUAGAUCAGCGUGAUCGGAGCGGAAAGGAUUGGAUCAAGGUCUACCAAUCGCAGCAGAAGUGGACACGCAGCCAGAAAAGGGGUGGUGAAUCUGAUGACCCAAGCCACCUUACAUUCGAGGUUAACAGGCAAUCAGGCCCUUUGCCGUCUGCCGCACUAAACCUCCAGCUCUUGCCUCUUCUCGUAGACCGAGCUAUUGAUAAGUCCCGCAUGAAGAAAGCUAUCGCAGAGUUACUUCGACAAGGUCUCAAGCAAGCUUUGACAGAUCUCCAGGCUGGCAUGGGCGAUGCCCCCUCUCUUCGAGAGUGGACUGGCGAGAGUAAUAAUAGCAUCAAGGAGAAAGUAAAAGCUGGACAAAUCCCUUUCCGGGCAGGCAUGCCGUCGACUAUUGAAGAACGGCUCAACCUAAUGUUAGACUCAGGAUUUCAACCGAAUUCUCUUCCUUUCAUCCAAGAGAUGACGCGGACGCUCUUUAAAAACAAAUGCGAUGAGCUUAAAGAUAGGCUUAAUAUCACUGUGGGGAAAUCGGCCUAUGCCUAUAUGGUCCCGGAUUUCUGGGGUGUCUUAGAGCCUGAUGAGGUUUAUAUCGAUUUCUCUAGCUUCGUGGAUAACGUCUCUGGUUUUACAGGCGUGCGCUUAAAUGGUGAUGAAGUAUUAGUUGCACGCUCCCCUGCGCACUUUGUGUCUGAUAUACAGAAAGUGAGAGUGGUGGUGAAAGAGGCACUAAUGGGGCUUCAAGAUAUCAUAGUAUUCCCCACUAAAGCCUUCCCAGGGGAGCCGUCUCUUGCGCAAAAGCUUUCUGGUGGAGAUUAUGACGGUGACCUUGCAUGGGUGUGUUGGGAGCCUAGUAUCGUCGAGAAUUUCCAGACUGCUAAGGUUCCUGAUAUGCCUGACUUGGUGAAAGAGGGCUAUAUCACGCAGGACUCGACAAAAUACAAAGAUCUAGUUAAGGGGCAAAAGGAUCCCGUAUCAUAUUUCCUCCGCAAGGCUUUUUCUUUCAAUAUGCAAGAAAGCAUGCUAGGUAUCUGCACAGCCUUUAAAGAAGCAGCUUGCUAUUCCGAUAAAAGCGAUUUUAGCCUGAGCAGUCAUGCUGCUAUAUAUAUGAGCACUCUCCUGAGCUCUCUUGUGGACCAAGCAAAGCAAGGAUACUCGUUUGAUGAGGCUGCGUUCAAGCGAUUCAAGGCCGAGUGUAUUCAUAUUAUGCCGAGUAAGCCACUUUACAAGACGAAGCAUCUAGACUCCAACGCGAAGCAUAUUAUUGACUAUUUGAUGUAUGUUGCUCAUGAAACCGUCGAAGCAGCUCUCACCGAAUUCCACCAGGGACUCUUAGAAGCUCCUCACUGGGACGAUGAUCUAGCAGAGGAUUACAAGAUAGCUAGACAGGAGGCAGCAACAAGCGAUGAAUGGAGGAGGGUUCUGGACCAGUUAGAUGCGGAUCUCAAACCUAUCAGGGAGGAGUGGACUCAGCAUUUUUCGCGCCGUCCCAAUAAGGGUCUACUAAGUGAAGAAAGCGUGCCGACGUUCACUCCAAUCCGGGAUAAGUGCUUUGAGCUUUACCAAGCAAUUCAACCACACGAAGACACCCCUUUAACGCAAGCGCUCUUCCCCAAGAACCAUCGUCGUCAUCCCGAUAGCACAGAAUGGGCGCUUCUUAAGGCCUCAGCGCUGUUUUCACUCUACCGCAAGGAUUAUAAGGCGGCCGUGGUGCCAGCAUUUGUGUGGUGGAUGGCCGGCAAGCAAUUAUGUACGAUCAAAGCGAAUUGCAGCAAGAAUGGCGCUCCUCAUGCUGUUACGCCGGCUAUGAUGAGGUUCUUUAAAAUGAAUAGGACGAUUGUCAAGCUUUCAAAAGCUGCUGGCUCUUCGAAUAGGGUGGAUGAACGGGAUAUAGAGGACGAUGAAUGA